AUGCAAUCUCUCCCUUCAAUUUACUUUAAAAAACACUCAUUUAAGUUUAAGGAAGAUUUCGAAAAUUCACUCGGUAAACAAAACAGUAUUGAAGAAGAAGAUUCUUCCUCUUCAACAAAAAUUUCCCCAACCCAAAAACAACCAAAUAAUAUAAUUAAAGCUUUAAUAAAAAAGAGAAAUAGUGAAGGGACAACAGAAGAUUUAAAUAACCCUCUAAAAAUUCAACAAAUGAUUUUAAAAAAUAAAAAUGGGAGAAUUGGGGGGAAUUCAACAGCAAUGCCCACUUAUGAAAAAGUUAGGAGGCAUAAAAGAAGGUAUUUUUUUGGUGUUAUAAAUUGUUGGAAAUUUGUUAAUAUUUUUUAG